AUGGAGUUUUUUGACCCAAAGUAUAAACCCGCUGGCAACUCCAGGACCAAAAUCAAAAUCGCAUUAUUCAUAGCACUAUACAUAUAUAUCCGAGUUAUAUAUAUACAAUACUACUAUCAUUCACGGGGCUAUGUGUUAGACAACCACAUAUAUGUAUACAUACAACUGUUUCUGUCCAUGGUAAUAUCACUCUACUACGGCGCAUUGAUGUUCGUUCCAUUUGCCAAAAUUAGGAUUCUACAAAAAUCCUGGGACAGCCAGUUUUUUCGCAAAAACUUUGCUACACAAUCGCGCAACAAUGACAUAUUUUUUAAUUUACAGCGUAAAUUAAAAAAUAUGUAA